ACGCGCAACUCCUCACAUUCCGGCUGUCGAGUAUACCAGCAUAUGAGUGCAAAAUGACGACCUACUUAGACAGAGGUCCAAAACCCGAAGGAGGCCGUUUCUUGAACUUUCACCAUGUCACCUUUUGGGUCGGAAAUGCGAAGCAGGCCGCAUCAUACUACUGUGAGAAACUGGGAUUCGAGCCCUUGUGCUACCGAGGACUCGAGACAGGCCAUAGGGAAGUCGUCAGUCAUGUUGUGCGGCAGAAAGACGCGAUUUUCGUUUUCCAAAGUCCCCUGAACCCAGGAAACAGAGAGUUCGCAGAACAUAUGGAAAAGCACGGCGACGGCGUGAAAGACAUUGCUUUCGCCGUCGAAGACCUCGAUUACAUCGUAGCUCUCGCGAAGCGACGAGGUGCGGAGAUCCUGAAAGACAUCAGCGAGGAGAGAGACACCCACGGUUCCGUGCGCUCUGCGACCCUAAAAACCUGCGGGGAUACGUCCCACACCCUCGUCGAGAUUGGAGGCUACAGUGGUCCCUUCCUCCCGAAUUUCCAUCCGCAUCCCGAAUCUACGCCCAACAACACCUCGGUGAAACCUCGGAAAGGGGAACCUUGCGGCGUUCGCUUCGUCGAUCACUGUGUUCUGAACCAGCCAGAUGAACAGAUGCUCCCUGUCGUGGAAUGGUACGAGAAAAUCCUCCAGUUCCACAGAUUCUGGUCUGUUGAUGACAAGCAGAUCCACACAGAGUAUUCCGCUCUGAGAUCAAUCGUCAUGACGAACUUCGACGAGACGAUAAAAAUGCCUGUCAAUGAACCUGCACCUGGGAAGAGGAAAUCCCAAAUCCAGGAGUAUGUAGAAUACUACGGAGGUCCUGGCACGCAGCACAUCGCCCUGAACACGGACGAUAUAAUUCGAUCGAUCAAGGAAAUGAGAGCUCGAGGAAUGACAUUCUUGAAAGCACCAGACACGUACUACCAGCAGCUCCGGGACAAGCUCAAAACAUCUAAGGUUCGAGUCGUCGAGGAUCUGGAGGAGCUUCAAAAACUCUCGAUUCUCAUCGAUUAUGACGAUAAUGGGUAUCUGCUGCAAAUUUUCACCCGCCCCAUGCAGGAUAGACCGACGCUCUUCAUUGAGAUCAUCCAACGCAGAAACCACCAGGGAUUCGGUGCCGGGAACUUCAAGGCUUUGUUCGAGGCUAUCGAGCAAGAGCAAGCUGCUCGAGGAAAUCUCUGAGUGUUCCCGAGGUGGAGUUCAUAAGCCAGAGAAGAAAUUACUCUCUAUUCUCUAUCCGGUUACCUGCCGGGGAGCCGUCGACUUGUUGAGGAGGAUGAAGAAGUCCUGUGGAUGAGCCUUCCGCGUCAAGGAGUCGGCUUCUCGCCUCUCGAUCCCAGCAUAGCGUAAACAGAUUAUGAGACGGUACCGAAGGAAGAAAAUGCGCCCUCGAGCUUCUCUGUAUUCACGUGGAUUUAUUUUCGCUAGAAUAGGAGAUACAAUCCAGAACUUUAUUCUGCUAUUCACCUCUUAUUCUCAUUCAUAUAUGAAGUGAUAGGAUAGAAAGAAAUAUCGCAUACAUU